AUGAGCCGGGUGUCUGCGACCCUCCGCGGCAGGACGAGGCCCCGGGGGCGGACCGGGACCACGACCACAACGCCGGUGCCACGGAACCAGACAGCUGUGCCGCCACAUGAGACCUUCGGCUUCAAGGUGGCAGUGAUCUCCUCCAUCGUGAGCUGUGCCAUCAUCCUGCUCAUGUCCAUGGCUUUCCUCACCUGCUGUCUCCUCAAGUGUGUGAAGAAGAGUGAGCAGCAGCGUGCAGACAGGACGGCACAGCUUUGGUAUCAGCUGAGAGGCGAGGACCUGGAGACGGUACAGGCUGCCUACCUGGGCCUCAAGGGACACAACUGCAAUAACAGCAGCAGCAUCGGUGGUGGCCGUGGUAGUGGCCGUGGUGGUGGUGGCAAGCCGGGGAUUCAGCACAGCCAGGCCCAUGACAACCACAGCUUCACCACAGACCUCAGCGACAGCAGAGAGCAGUCUGGUGUAGCCCACAGUGUGGACAAAGACCCCUGGACUUUCCGGAUGGGAACUCCGAGUCCUGGUGGCCCUUCCAGCUCUCCAUGCACUUACGUGAUGGUCCACGCAAUGAACUCUGCAGGGCCGGCCCCUGGAAUGCCCAUGAGGCCCAGAGUAUACCUCCCAGGGUGACCCCAUCAGAGGCCUGCAACUCAACACUUGCCCAGCUGGAGAUGGGCCAGGCAGUCAGCUCCAUGUAGGAGAGCCCUUGGGGGCCUUUAGCUGACAUUAAAGGCUGGGUCCCCAGCAGGGCACUGUCUGUCCUGGAGGGAAGACCUUUGGCUGUUACAGGACCUGCUCAUUGAACUGCUAUGGGGAUGAGGUCCCAAAGAAGCUGCUCCAUGACCAGGGUUCUUUUAAAGAGACUGAGAAAUUUUA